CUUCUUUUCAAGGGAUUCCACCGCCUCGAGAGGUAGGUUUUCAGGUCUACAAGAGUGAAAAUGGUAGGCGAGCUUUGGUCGUAGGAGAGAAUCCCAGAGUAAUAUACGAAUCGAACGACUUUACUACAAAUCAAUCUUCUGAUUCUGUGCCUGUUAUUGAUUUGGCUCCUAUUCCAAAACGUAUUAAAAUGGAAGAACCUAAAGAUUCGAUUAGGCCUGAUUAUUAUACGGCGAAAACGGAACUUGAUAGAAAAUUUGGUUCAAAGAGAGCAAAAGCAAGGAUAAUUGAACGUGAAAGAGCCAAUAUUGAUGCAUCACAAGUACAUAAUAUUGAAAAAAUUGUUUCAAAUAUUGAAGAAAAUGUAAAAACUAUGAAAACUAAAGCUGAUAUGGAAUCAAGUCGCCUAAUACCACCGCACGAUAUCAGCGCAACAAGAGUAACUGAUGUAUAUAAUAUGGAUAAUAUCGUGACACCUUCUGAAUUUGAUGCUAUUCCUGUUCAUUCUAUUUUGAAUGCUAAACACGAAUCUCAUAGAUUGAACGCGAAAAAUGUCAAUCUAAAACGUAUACGGUUGCUGUUAUAUAUCAACUAUUUAAUGGCAUUCAAAUCCGUUUCUUAUGAUGUACUUAAUGAUAGACAAGAAAUGGUUGUCAAUAUGAAAGGAUUACCGGAUAUCAUUUUGACUAACCUUUACGAUCGUUUUACUGAGACAACCUUUUCCAAGUCUGGAGGACGAAAGAAAUAUAAGAUAACUCCAAAGGCUGAAGAAAAACUUUUAUGUUAUAUGUUUACUCUUUGCUUAAUUCUUGACGAUUUUCGUAUUGAUCCGGAACCAUUAGCAUGUGAUUUAGGAUUAACCACUAAAAAGCAAGAAAUAGAGACGCUAGGACUUAAAAUUUCACAGGCAAAAGGAAUAAAACGUGCAGUAUUGACUGUCCCACUUAAACUUCCAGAAUAUAGAGACAAACGAUCAAAAGCAUUAAUAUCUUGA